AGACAACUUUUUUAUUGUUUGAUUAUUAUUUUGAUUUCUUACAUAUGGUUUUUAUCAUUUUAAAUUUCGUACCAUACAUCAAUACCGUGAUUGCUGUACUGGAUAAGCAUCAGUAGUGGAAUGCCAAAUCCAAAGCGCUUCCAUACAGCUGUGGGGUCCAGAAGCUUCGUAUCCUGAUCGAGGAUUCGGAUCAAAAUCUGAAAUGUCUAGGCCUGCUCGCUAUGUCCAAGAUCUUGAAAACGCAUCCGAAGAGUGUGCAGGCGCACAAGGAUCUGAUACUAGCCUGUUUGGACGACAAGGACAAAUCGAUACAAUUGCGGGCGCUCGAUCUGCUGUACGGUAUGGUGUCGAAGAAGAACUUGAUGGAAAUCGUACGCCGGCUGCUCGGCCAUAUGGAACGUGCCGAGGGUUCAUCGUAUCGAGACGAACUGCUGUACAAGGUGAUCGAGAUAUGCUCACAGGGUUCGUACCAGUACGUCACCAACUUCGAGUGGUACCUAACCUCGAGUCCGGUUCGGGGCAUGGUCGUCUAAUUCCGUCGCCGUCAACGAGAUGGCAUCGCUCCUAGCGACGUACCCAGUAACCGCAGCACCGAACGGUACGAUGCAGGAGGUGCUGUAUGCGGCUGCCUGGAUUGUGGAUCCCAAACUGAUACACGUUGUUAAUAGGGUAAUUGAGCUACCAGAAGGUGCAAUACUGUCCGACACGGAGGAUAAGAACAAUGCCGACCCGAACGAUCCACACCGGGCACCUGAUAUCCAUCUGGAUGCGUUAGUCCCGUUCGAUGAAGUGAAAAUCGGCCAAUACCACACAGCAUCACGAUAUGAUGCUGUUACGGGAUGGAGACGGUAGUACGAACGCCAAAGCCACCAGAGCCGGCACGACUGAUCCUGGCAAGGAGCAACAGCACCACGGCACGGUAACCGCUCAUCGUUGAAGCACGCGAAACCGACGGCGGAACCCGAUGAUGGCCCCAGUCCGGAGCGUAAUACACGGGAAAAGCAAAAGAAAAAGAAAAAAUCUUCCGGUAAGGAACAUUCCGCCUCAUCGUCCGGUGUGAAGAAGAAGGCAAGCGAACAGGCGGACACGAUGAUGCUGAUGAUCGAUGAGGAACCGGACAAUGGUGCGAAAGGUCGAUCGAAACGGGAAAACAAGAAACCCAAGAAAAUAUGAGAGGAAGCAAAACCAGGUGGAUAUAGAUAUAAAUGGUCGAUAUAGAUUUUCCCAAGUUUUCUAAGUGAGGUAAAAGAAAAACGAAAGCAAGAUGCGAAAGAAAAGAAAAGGGAUGGAACAAUUUCAUUAUUACGCCAAACACGAUUUCGGCAAAGGACAGUACUAGCCCCAAUUAGCAAAAUGUGGUAGUUUGGUGUGUGUGUGUGUGUCCUUUCGUCUAAUAAUAUAUUAAUUAAUUGCUAUUAUUAUUGCCAUUAUAAUACGAGAUAUUCUUUGCGAGAUUAAAACAUUUACUAGCUUACUGGAAAAAAACAAUAGUUGCGCCCUUUUAAAAACAAGACACAUAAUACAAACCGUAAUGUAAUGAAAGCUUCGCCUUACUAACCCUCUAAUUCAUCUUUAAUCAAAUAAAAACAUGUACCAAAGUCCUUUUUUUAAAAGAAAAGCAGAUGCAAGGCAGAUGAAAGAAUUAAUUCUUGCGUGCUUUCGAGGUAACGACGAGAAAGUUAUGUUUUAUGAAAAAGAUUAUAAUUAUUAUCAUUACACAACAAUAACAAA